AUGGGUUUUUGGGAAUUUGUCGCAAAAACAACAGCAACAAUAGCCACCGGCAUCGUUUUAGGACCUGCUGCCAUUCCGGUUGGUGCUGCAGUCUGGGCAACUAAUAAAGUAGUCAAAGAAACUUGCGAUGAUGAAGAUGUGAAAAAAAUAUUUGGAACUCUUGGAGAUAUCGGAGGUAAUGCUGCAUUAGGAGCAGUGACAGACAUCACCAUUAAUGAACUCUACGGCCAGGCAUACACUUGUAUUGAAGUACGUGCUGAUAUAGAAAAACACCUUUACCAUAAAGCACAAGGCAUAAACUAUCAGCGAGACUGCAAAGUUUGCACCGCUUAA